UUUUAUAAAAAUCCAUAAACAUAUUACUGAAAUGAUUUCUGAAAAUGCUCAAAACUGGCAAAAAGAAACCAGAAUUUAGACAUUUAAGUGUGGAUUAAAAAAACAAAUCUAAAUUCUUAUAGCAAGAGCCAGAUCCAUUUCCUUUGGUUGCGUUAAAUGCUGUGCCUUACUGGAUUAUGAAAUGAAACACGUACAUGUAUUUUCCUUUGUGCAUAAAUGAAAUUUUAAAAUCACUGACUUUGGUUAUAGCUUUUAUAUACAAUAAUCUUAAUAAAUAGGUUUGUAAGAUCAAUUCAGUCGUUUUAGGAACCUCUCCAAAGUUCUCAGUUUAAAAAAGUAAAACAACAACAAACUUCAGCCACGUAAGAUUCCUUACAGGGACUCCUACAAUUUUAUUCCUCAUAGAGAAUAUAUACACCUCACCUCCAGGUAUCUUUUUUUUUUCAUUGCAUUGUAAGUUCUAAACAUAAAUGAUUUUAAAUUUCUGUCAUCUUAAACACAUUCUUGUAACUGAUUACAACUUUCUAGGGAAAAAGUAGAGCAACCAGCAUGCUUAGUGAUACUUUGUUCAUAUUUUGGCUGUAGGUUUGCCUAAGAAACAGCACGCCCUUCAGAAUGGAAGAUUUUAUCUGCCUAUUUGAUGGGGUUCAGAGCUAAGAUGGCUGACUAAAUAAGCAUGGGGGAUUGGAAUUUCCUUGGAGGCAUCCUGGAGGAAGUUCACAUGCACUCUACCAUGAUUGGAAAGAUCUGGCUCACUAUCCUGUUCAUAUUUCGGAUGCUUGUUCUGGGUGUAGCAGCUGAAGAUGUCUGGAAUGAUGAGCAGUCUGGCUUCAUCUGUAAUACGGAACAGCCCGGCUGCAGAAAUGUAUGCUAUGAUCAGGCCUUUCCUAUCUCCCUCAUUAGAUACUGGGUUUUGCAGGUGAUAUUUGUGUCUUCACCAUCCCUGGUGUACAUGGGCCAUGCUUUGUACCGAUUGAGAGUUCUGGAGAAGGAGAGGCAGAUGAAGAAAGCUCAACUGAGAGGAGAACUGGAGUGGGUAGAGCUUGAACUGCCUGGAGACCGGAGGAGACUGGAGCAAGAACUUUAUCAGCUGGAGCAAAGGAAACUAAGUAAAGCUCCACUCAGAGGAACCUUGCUUUGCACUUACGUGAUACACAUUUUCACUCGCUCUGUGGUUGAAGUUGGGUUCAUGAUUGGACAGUAUCUUUUAUAUGGAUUUCACUUAGAGCCUCUAUUUAAAUGCCAUGGCCACCCAUGUCCAAAUAUAAUUGACUGUUUUGUCUCAAGACCCACAGAAAAGACGAUAUUCCUAUUAUUUAUGCAAUCCAUAGCUACUGUUUCACUUUUCCUAAAUGUUCUAGAAAUUUUCCACCUAGGUUUUAAAAAGAUUAAAAGGGGGCUUUGGGGACAAUAUAAAUUGAAGGAUGAACAUAAUGAAUUCUGUACAAACAAAUCAAAACAAAACCUUGCCAAAUAUCAAAACACAUCUGCAAAUUCACUGAAACGACUCUCUUCCGCACCUGAUUACAGCCUGUUAGUGGACAAGCAAACACACACAGCAGUGUACCCUAGUUUAAAUUCAUCUGCAUUUCAGACAGACCCUGAUAAUCACAGUAGAAAUGAUGAGAAAGGCAUUUUGGAUGAAGAGGAAACUGUACUUUCUAAUGAGAUGUGCACACCUAGGACUACCUGUAGUCAUCUUCAAAACAUCAGCUCAAGUAAUAAAGAAGACACUCAUAAAAUAUCUGGAAAAGAAGUUCAUGGUGACCAGUUGAGGGAAAAAAGAGAAACUGAAAGCAAAGACAGGAAAAGGGACCACUAUUCUAGAGGUCACUGUUCUAUUCCAGGUGAUGCUAUAGAUCUGAACAACUGCACAGGGCAGUCACCCCAAACAGUUUUCUCUCUGCCAGCUAACUGCACUUGGAGACCGAAAUGGCUUCGUGCUACAUACGGUCCCUCUGCAGAAAAUGAAAACCAGGCAUUACCUCCUAAAGGUAACCUCAAGGGCCAGCUGAGAGAGAGCACUAUCAGAACCCUUGCUCCUUCACAGGGAGGCUUCCAACCACUUGACACUCCAGACACUCCUGAUUCUUUGGGAGGGUUGUCUUUUGAAUCCGAGUUGGUCAGAAGCUGCAAUAACCAUACUGCUUGUUCUCCAAAUCCUUUAGUGUCACUGACAAACAACCUCACUGGUAGGCGGGCUCCCACAGAUCUUCAAAUCUGAACAGCUGUUGGCUUUUACACAUUCUACAUAUUAUAUUAUCAUAGAAGUAGCCUAGUGAUGGUGGAACACAGACGAUACAGAUAAUGGCUGUUCUAAAGACCAGGUGUUUAGACAGACAACAGCAAACCCAUUUUAAAAAGGGACAAUGGCUCUAAUUCUGAAUUGGGAAGGAGUGGUUUCAAAUUCAAAGACACAGAGUUACCAAAUCAGGAUUACUUUUUCACGGGGCUCCCUUCAAAGUAUGUGAAAACUGAUUUGGGGAAAAUCUUAUGUUCAGAACUGAAGUUAAAUGGAACCCGGUUUUUCCUUGAAGGGAGUACAGGCUUCGGAGAUUGUUCUUGGUCUAUGUAAUUCCUUCUUUUAGUUAUUAAUCUUUUAUUUUUGGACACUGGUUAAAUUUUGUUU